GCGAAUUUUUGGGUUGAAAUCCCAUCUUUUUGGGUCCUUUUCCGUAGCGACAAGAACCACCUGCACUUCGGGGCCAUCACCUGCGCCAUGGGGAUCCGCUACAAAUCCUACUGCUCCAACCUGGUCAGGACCCUCAUGGUGGACCCCCCCCAAGAGAUGCAGGAACACUACGGCUUCCUGCUGCAGCUGCAGGACGAGAUGCUGCGUCACAUGAAACACGGGACGCGGCUGUGCGAGGUGUACGGGGCGGUGAUGGAGGCGGUGAGGAAACAGAAACCGGAGCUGCUGGGAAAAGUCACCAAAAAUUUGGGGUAAAUUCCGCAGCUUUUGGGGUUUUGGGGGAUUUUAU